AUGUAUCUGCACGGUUGCACACGACCUUCUGUGAACACAGCUUCUCGAGUAUGCCCCCACUUGAGCCUUCACACGUUUCCUCCACCUAAGCUUCGCUCUCCCUUCCUUACUGAUGACACCUGGCCAAUUAAUGCCCGUCAGCUCAGAAAGCCACAAGCCCUCCCCUUCCCCUCACUCAGGCUUCCCCGCCCGACAGGACCACCCCGCUCGCGACCUGUGCGCGGCUCAGCACUAGCUGCCGCCCCUCUCAGGUGGACCCUCUCGCUCCCACUUCGGGAGGCGCCGGGUGCCUUCCGCGGCCGCCUCCUCUGCGGGAAGCCCGAGGGCUGCGCACUUUGCCGGGAGCGCCUUCCUCGCCCCCAGCCCUGGGAAAGGAGCUGCGCCCUCCCCCUCGGCUCGGUGAGCCGGCCCGCAGCGCGCCCCUCGGCCGGCGGCCCGGCCCUCCCUUCCUCCGC